UCAUUACGGUACCGCUAUUGUUGAUAAUGUGAAGUCAGAUGCUCCAACACAAUGCGACUCUAACCGGCAGACGUUCUGGCCUUUUUAUUUGUUCGUUUUUUUAUAAGUAUAUAUACAUUAUUUAGUUUCAGAAGUUAUGACGGAAAUAUUUUCAACUUUGUUCGGGCAAAAUGACGCACAACCACCCACGGGGCCAGCAGCUUUGGGGUUCGCGUCCGGAAAACCUCCGCCGCCUAUGACGCCAAACCAAGCGCCGGCGGCGGCUCAGAUUCCAGGACAGCUCGGGGAUGAGGGGCCUACAUUGCGAAAACCGGGUGCCAUGAACGAACCUUUCUAUUUACUACGAGAACUACCCGUUGGAAACGACCUGACGGGAAACACAAACCUCAUCACGCACUACAAUCUGGAACACGCGUAUAAUAAAUUCUGCGGCAAGAAAGUAAAGGAGAAACUGAGCAACUUUUUACCAGAGUUACCAGGUAUGAUAGACUGUCCAGGCAUUCAGGAUGGCAGUUCUCUGCGCUCUCUCAUAGAAAAACCUCCAGUCUGUGGAAACUCUUUCAGUCCGCUGACAGGAGCUCUACUCACUGGAUUUCGAUUACACACUGGCCCGCUUCCAGAGCAAUACAGACUGAUGCACAUACAGCCGCCAAAGAAAAAGAGCAAACACAAACACCGACAUCAGCGACUUCAGGAUCCUCUGCCACCAGAGACCCCCUCAGAUUCUGACCCCAAGAAGAAGAAGAAAAAGAGGGAUGAUGAUCCUGAUCGCAAGAAGAAAAAGAAAGACAAGAAGAAAAAAAAGAAUCGACACAGUCCUGAUCAUCCUGGUCUUACUGGAUCUCAACCCAACAGCAACAGCCUGAGAUAGAACCUCUGUGUGUGUAUGUGUGUGUGAGCGCAUGAAAAUGUUGAUCAGUGUUAAGAGACCCUGAUAUGGACCAGUGUGUUUGACUGAUGUUUACAAAGCCUGAUUUCUGCCAUUUUUUUUUUCUGGUUGUAAAGAGAACCUGAAUGAAUAAACUUUGUUAUUCUUUA